AUACAGUAACGGCACGGCACCCUUCAACCGAAAUAAAUUCCACUCGAUUAAAAUUCUUAGACAUCACAUCUUUUUCUACGUCAAAUAUCCAACGCAAACAUGCCCUCUCUGACUCGUGUUGCUCACAUCGGCGCUGCUGGCUCCCUAGGCGCGGCUGUCCUCAAAGAGCUCGUCGACGCCGGUCUCGAAGUGACCGUGCUCUCCCGCACCACAGGAAAGCUCCCCACCGAUCUCUCAUCGAAAGUCAAAGAGGUCGCCGUCGACUUCACAUCAAAGACCGCCAUUGCGGACGCGCUUAAGGGCCAAGAAGCCGUCGUCAGCACGAUUGGAUCAGCUGGACUCUCCCUCCAGGAGACAGUGAUCGAGGCCGCCAUCGACGCGGGCGUCACCCGUUUCAUCCCUUCAGAGUUCGGCAGUGACCUGCAGAACCCCCUCGCCCGUGCACUGCCGGUAUUCGUCGACAAGGUCAAGAUUGAGGACCUCCUAGAGAAGCGGGCCUCAGAGACAGGCCUGUCGUAUACAUUCAUCUACAACAACCUCUUCCUCGACUGGGGUCUGAACGUCGGCUUCAUUGCUGACGUGGCCGGCAAAAAAGCCACCAUCUACAACGGGGGCUCAUUUCCUAUCAGCGUGACCAGGCUUUCGACCGUAGGAAAGGCUGUCGUCGCCGUGCUAGGAAACCCCAACGCGACGAAGAAUCAGACGGUUCGCAUCCACGACGGAAAGUUGACGAAGCGCGAGAUCGUGGAGGCCGCGCAGGCAGUGACGGGUGCCGACGGCUGGGCAAUCUCAGAGGAGAAAACAGCGGACGUGCAGGCGAAGUCGGACAAGGCUCUGUCUGAGGGCGUCUUUGACGAGUGGGUUUGGCUGGGAUACAUUAUCCGGGCCUCGCAGACGGAGGAGGCAAAGCCAGGCUAUGAGACCGUGCAGAACGAUUUGUUGGGCCUCAAGGAGCACUCGACCGAUGAGAUGAAGACUUUGGUUCAGGAGAUUGCUAAGUCUAUUGUAUCUGCUUGAUCGCCUAGCUCCGAUCUUCUCUAUGAAUUUUAUGCCAUCUGGUCGAGAAAAUCUAGCCUGAGAAGUUAGAAGCACUCAACUUUGUCAUGAUAAUGAUCCAGCUAUUCCCUUAAAAAAGAAUAUCAGCCGUAUGUCAUUGGUGGAGGCGCAUAUAGUGACUUUUAGGAGUCAUCUCAAUCAGAUGGAAGUGUGCAUUUAUCUCAUAGAC